CUGGAUUUCAAUUUCCUACGAGAGGGGGGGCAUGCCCUCUGGAUUGUACGAAGCUAGGCCAGGCGGAACAAGUCCGUCAACAUCCGACGUUUCCAGAACGGGCAGAGCUCAUGCAGGCUGUAAAACCUCUGCACCGAGUGACUACACAUUAGGAUAGAAUGGAGGUACCUACGUAGAACGACACAGAUUGAUAAACGUGUGUGCAUACUUCUCCGGGUCAACGAUUUUAUGCGUAACUCUGAUGGAGGAGAACAUCGCGAGAGGGACAACGGAAAGCCUCUCGAGAGACAACACCUACCUGAACGGAGGCACGAGAAAAGUAAUAUGUCAGAAAAUGGCGUCCAAUCGUGAGCAAGCGGUAGCCUAAAGGGAUCAGUGACGCAGGAGUGUAAGCCCUCCUGAUGGAUGUGGAAACUCCACUCAAACGUGACACUUGUCAGAAGCGUGUUGACUGUGACCCUCCUCGUCUAGUGGCGCAACACCAUAAGUCAAACACACACUGGGAACUGCAUUUUUAAAACGUCCGAAUUCGCGGUCGGUUCCAAUGAAGCAAUUCCUCCAGAAACAUCAACUGGCGUUGAAUUCCGUUGUCACGGGUUAUCCGAAUAAUAUCUUUCGCCAGCGUAUAGACAACAACCCACACAUUUGCGGUUUCCAAGUAGGUCUCACGCACAGUUUUUUCUCAAACAGAAAGACAAGAUCAUUAAUAGUGUGCGACUGCCUCCAACUCCAUGAAGUUCCUCACUUCCGGACCGCCUCCAGUGUCGGGUAGCCCUGCCCGCCCCCCGAGCAGCGGGGUCGAGCCGCUACCCGAUUUCCUAGUCCGGCAGAGUGCUCGCCAAGCAGGAAACCAGUCAGUCAGCUACGAGGUUUCCCUGGCAGAACGAAGGUAUUAUCUUGCUUCUGCUAAUUCCGGCUUCAGUUUUCUUCAUUUGUGCGUCAGGAGAUUCGGCGGCUCUCCUCAUUUUGUUCAAUCAAAUCUACACAAUGGCGAAAACAGGCAAAGUGCAACAUUGCCGUGGCGCCGUCAGGUCUAAGGCCCAGAAGUUGAUGGCAGUUUGCUUGAGUGGAGUUCUGCUGUUUUCGAGUGGAAACACUAUUGCCGCUGAGUCGUUUGAAGGUCUUCUUCGUCGGAAUUUGUCUUCAGGAGGCAGCAGCAACGGGGCGGAAUCAGUCACUCCUGAAAUCGUUGCAACAUGCCCUGCCACAAACGAGGGGGCCACUGCCCCGGUUCCGGCGACGUUGACUCUCUCAAAAAGCAGUCUGACUGCCACCGUUAAGUGCUUGGAUGCAAGCCACACGGCCGUACCUGCCACAGCAACACACGUGUGCGUUGCCUCAGAUGCCGACGUCACCGGUGCCUCCGACUCUGAGUCCUGCAUUAUUGGGAGCUCUGGCGGGGGCAAACCGGUGACGCUGCAAAGUCUCCUCGAGGCAACUCACCCGAUUAGCUGGACGGAAAAGCCCGCAUCCAGUGAUGGUCAAACAGGAAAAGAGCGGACACUUCAGCUCGCAGAAACCGAUCUCCCUCGAACAGACAAAACAUUCUUUGUCGGCUGCAAAGGCAGUACGACUGCUGCUAACACGUCCUGCAAGGUGAUAGUGAACGUCAGUGCCCGGCCAUCGUCUGUUGACGACAAAAAUGUCGUCACAUGUGCGUUCGGCAAGAACAGCAACGACAAGGCUGUGGAAGUCGAGAUGUCACAAGACAAGAACGCCCUCACCAUCGAUUGUGGCAAAAACGGGUCGAUGCGGCCUGUGGAUUACACAACUCACUACUGCUCUCCCGAUGAUAAUAGCUUGGACCAAUGCAAAAAACAGACCUACACUGACAUUCUGGAAACGUUCGACAGCAAAUGGUGGACGAAGACAGCAGACGGUACCCAAGCUACACUGACUAUCCCGAAGACAAACUUUCCUGUUGAAGACCAGCGCCUGCUUCUAGGCUGUCUCCCGGAAGCCCAAAAGACGGAUAGCCCGCAAGAGAAAGAGGUCAACAACGACUCUGUGUCUGCGACGUCGCCCUGCCGUGUGGUUGUGACUGUGAAGGCGGCGCGCUCCGCCUCCUCGGCAUCGGCUAGCCCACAAGUAGUAGCCACUGUCUCGGGAGUGGCUUUCCUAGUGGGGCUUUUCUCGAGUUCCUCAUAAGGAAGUGGGUGAUUCCGGCUUGGGCAGGGGAGUUCAACAGCUCUUCUUGUCCAUAGACUUGGUAGUGACUGCGUUGUUAUGCAAUUUAUCCGUUUUCUGACAAAGCACCUACAUCUCUCGGGGAUGUACGACUUUUAUCUUAGUGACAGACGUUUUGAUUUUGGUACAUUGUCGAGAUUUGGAUACGGAGGGGCGUAUUUGUAAGUCUCAGGUGCAACAGGCGACAGUCAAUCAGUACAACAUACACAUGCAUUACAUGUGGAAAACACCGUGGAUAAUUCCUCGCUGAAAUAAAUCAGUUAGCGGGAUGCUCUACAGCUAACAUUGACAUUCGCUAUCUGCGUUUUCAAAUCAAGCAGACCCAAAACUCAUGCACUUCACAGUGAGGCUCCAGGGAGGGAGACAACUCGAUCUCCGCCCCAAAUGUGAGAUAUUCGAUCACGUUAGUGCCAGUUCACAGUUCAGCAAGUGCCAUACUCGUACCAACUGACAGCGAGUAAAAACCUGGUUAAUUCCCCAAGUGUUUGUGUGACGACUUGUCCUCGUUAACGGAUAUACACAUUUGCGACAGUACUCCUCAGCGCUGCUAGAGCGGCCUAACCUCAAUCGUACCAUCACCUCAAGUAACGAAGCUAGGUCAUUUAUUCCAACCUGCUUUACCUAACCGUUUUGAGGACCUUAGAUCUGACGAAGUCUGAGAGAGACACAGUGACACCGUCAUCCCUCAGAGCAAGACCACGACAUCUGUGGCGAAGGCAAUUCAUGUGAUGCAGAGAGGGACGUGCCUCAUAUAGACACAUUUCCUCUGCCAGUGUUCCUUGCGACGAUCCGGCCGACGACGGGGUCGAGGUGGUUAACAGCAAACAUGUCCAGAGAACGUGAUUCUUGACGCGAAAACGAGGACAAGCUUUGUGUGUGCGGGGAACUACAAAACGUCAGAGACAAGCGGACAAAGUAUUUACGACGCUGCCCGCAUCGCCUCCGCUCAUCACACGAAUAUCCUGUAUUCGUUUAACUGCAGUCCGUCCAGACCCUGCGCACUCGAAUGACCUUGUACCUCUGGUUGAGACCUGCCAACUGAAAACCAGCGCCAACAUAUAGCUGUAAACGAAGGCGCCCACCAUCGGCUGCGACGGACUGUGCCACGCUCUCCUCUGUUCAACCUAGAAGCACGUGGCUAAAACAUCUACAAAAACGUUUUGCGUUUGCUUGUAGAACACAUCCCUUUUUUCGCAUGGGGGGAGUUUGUCGAUGUCUCGGCCAAUCGAUGGUUAACCGCCACAGCGGCCAACUAGUGGCAACGUGGAUGAACGAAAAGCCAGUUUGACAAGCCGUUAAGUUCGCAUUUAGAAGCAGUAAGAUCAAGUAAAACAACUACUCGAUCGUGCCACCUCUGCAAAUAUCUCUCUGGAGACAAAGGGAAUUGUGAAACGCUCCAGAGAGGUAUACCUCGUCAAUACGGGGCAUUCAGAUCGUCUGCAUCUGAACGUCCACGCGCCACUGCGGUGCAACGGGAACGAUGUAGAAUUCCGCAUCGCCGGAGACGUUUAGAAAAAACGAAGCGUAACAUAACUACCUCAUACGCUGUACUAAGUUUCCUGAACGACUACAUUAAUUGAAAACGUACGGACGGACGAUUACGCAAACUGCAUUUCCGCUCUUAAGCAUGUAUGUGCCUAGAAGAUAGCGCGGUGACAAGUCACUGUGUCCCUGACAUCUGUUUCCACUGAAACUGACACACUGUGUAUGACACGAAGCCUCCAUUUGUGGAACUGAGACUGUACAAUUGUGGUUAAGAUACCUUUCAAUGAUGCGUACGAAGUACAUCUUCGCAUGGCACAUGGAACCUGUUGUCCCUGUAGAUUCAUAAGAGGAAUACGCGUGACUGAUGUGGACAGUGCGCACCCGGUCGUCGCACACAACGUGUCGGAUAACGAGGGCAGAGGGAGAAUAGUACAAAAUAGUACGGCGUACAGCUCGGUACAGGCAGCAGAUUCGGGGACGCGAUUCGCUCGAUAAGCAUCUACUUUCCACUCCAAUUGACUACACGUGCACGUGCGAAGCCAGUAGGCGCGAAUGAGUACGUUCACUCGACGUGUGUACCUCGAACAAACCCCCCAGCUGUCGAUAAUAUACUAUGCAGUUGCAGACAUUGUGUUCCCACGCGAAGAAAUGCAACUGCUACUCAACGGGUAAGGGCGAGCAGAACGCGGCAUAUGUUUCACUAUAUCGCUUUCAAUGCAAAUCACUCUCUACCCUAAGUCGCGUCACUGAGAAAUGCACCUGCGCUCGGGUCACUACCAUCGACUGUCCACUACGCGCAAUGUACGUACACCGGAACGGUUGACCUGUGCGAGUGAUGAACAAAAUAGCAAUUACAGAGAGCAACUCUCUGCGGUACGAC